AUGGCAUCUUCCAAUUCUUCCAAUGUCUGGCGCAACAUACCCUCAGAGCGUCUCUUUUGGCUUGCCGGCGGAAGUGGGAGCUCAUCUUCCGCGCAGAAGGUGAUUGAAGCCCAGGGCCGAAGCUGUGGCACCGUGCUCUGCCUCGAAGAGCUGGAUGCCGCUGCUCACCUGAGACUCUCGCUGCCUUUCUUCGCUGACUCCUUGCUCGGAGCUGUGCAUCUGUAUGGUCCUCUGGGAAUCGAUACGAUUUUGGAUUUUUGUACAUAUUUGCGGACGACCAUGCAAGAGGUCGAUCCGAAAGAUUUCGUUUGCUUGACUUGUUCCCGAAGACCUGGCGCAGUGCCCAACUCCCUUCUGCUUCUUGGGGCGUUCUUGAUCCUUGAGCAAAAGUGGUCGGCAGAGGAGGUGGCCUGCCUGCUGAACCAAGAGGGCGGACGAAUCUCACCAGUGGAGCUGCGGUUUCCGACGCCCUUUACAGCAAAGCCUCACUUCACAGCAGACUCUCUGAGCCUGGAAGAUUGCCUGCGUGGCCUGGAGACAGCGGUCACGAAGGGAUGGCUUGACAGAAGCCAGGAGAAGGAGAGACGAGCCACAGCAGCAGCGUUUGAUGCUGUGCCAGUCUUUUCUGUGGCCUUGGACAGUCCCAACUUCGAGCACAUGGCUUCCAUCCGCUUCUGGAUAGCGGCCGAUCCCGUGACCACAGUUGAGGACUCGUCCAAGCGACCAGAUCCGAUACGAAAGUGCCCAACAGCACAUGUUUUGACGACCGACUCGCCUUCUACGAUCAGUACGAAUCCGGACAGCUUCUUCAGCAUUCCGAAGUCUGUGUCCGAUCCAGGUGCCACGUUGUCGCCAAUGUCAGCGAGAAGUAUGCAUAGUAUUGUUUGCCUUUACAAGUCCCUGUCGCACAUCCAUACCAUGGAUGAUGAUGGGAUGCCGUCUGCAACACCUAAGCAAGUGUGGCGGCAGCGCGCAAAGCACCUGGAGCGAAAGCUUGGCCAACCGAGAGCUGGCUUCUUUGCGGAGAAGCCGGCUGUUCUCCCGACCAAGGUUCACAAGACAGACGGCACACAGUCGGUGCAGCGCCCGGCAGACCUGCCGGCCUUUGCCAACUUCUUGAAAGACGAGCUAGGUUGCUCGUUGCUGGUGCGCGGCAACCACGGCAACGAGAGAGGAUUGCCAGCUGGGGGAUCCUACCAGGACUUCUUUCAAAGGUGGGGUGUCAAACAGCUUGACGUUCCCUUCGCGGAUGGCACUGCGCCACCAUCCCGCUUGGUAUCGGACCUUAUCGCGGCUGUGGAAACUCUACUGAAAGACAUAAGCACAAAGGAGGAGGAGAAGCAGGUCAAGAAGCACCACUCGGGACACUACUCGGUUGUGGUUCACUGCAAGUCCGGGCUCGGACGAUCCAUGUCUCUGUUGGCUGCUCUGGCAGUUGCUUUAUGUCCAGGUCUCACAGCCGGUGCUUUCUUUGGCUGGGCUCGGCUGGUGCGGCCGGCCUGCCUACAGACUCCACCACAAGAGCGGUUUCUCCGCUCGCUUGACGAGGAGAGGGACGCUGUCUGUAGCUGCCUGUUCGCCUGCUUCGGCAAGCCACGGACGCAGAUGUCCGGCAAGCAUCUCCUUGGCAGGACGCAGCAGAAGCUCUGA